AUGGACGAACUACGAUCGGCAAAGAUUCGAGUGAAGUCCAAUUUCACGAAUAUCAAACGUGGAAUACUGACAAAGCUGCACAGUGAGACCACGCCCAUAGACGCCAGAGACCUGAACGCUGGGAUAGAUGCACUGAACAAUGCGGCAGAGGAGGCAGUGCGGGUGAUGCUUGAGCUGUGCGAGCUGAUGAGAGCUGCAGGUCGGCCAACUGAGGCAAUAUACGAUGAGCUGGACGAGCUCCAAAGCAAGUACGAUAACGUGUUGGAGCAGGCCAGCGAAGUGCUCGCCGAGAUAUGCUCCGCGCGGCCCAGUCGUGGAGGGAGAUCUCCAGCGGGCAAGGAGAGAGCCCAGAGAAUUAAGGAAGUGCGGGAUCUGCUGCAAAGAUCGGAGAUCGUUGCUGAGAGCGAGGCUGACAAGGAGGAAAAAAGUGAACAGGCACCAGAAAAAGAAAAAAAAGAGAAACUUAUGCAUACUGUGCCGAAGCGAGAACCGCACCAGGGACCUGUCGGUCUGGAGUCAGGACUCUUACCGAGUAGUCUAUCUGGGUCGUCGGCACCGAGUUCCUUGAGUGGGACUGCUGCCAGCUCGGGGACUGCUGCCAGCUCGGGGACUGCUGCCAGCUCGGGGACUGCCGCUCGCGCUCCGAGUAGCAGUAGUACUAGUAGCAGUAGUACAAGUACGUCGGCUAGUUCUGUGCCUGCUGCGGCUCCCAUCAGUACGUCCGCUAGUUCGGUGCCUCCUGCUGCUCCCAUCAGUACGUCGGCUAGUUCUGUGCCUGCUGCGGCUCCCACCAGUACGUCGGCUAGUUCUGUGCCUGCUGCCGCCUUUAGUAAUAGUAUGUCGUUGAGGUCUGUGCCGGCUGUUGUAACAGCUUCAAGGGGCAUAACCUCGGUUGUAAACUCGGGUCAGGCUGGACCACUGACAGCCAGUGGCGGAGGCAGAGCCACCAGUCAGCCUGUAAGAGCACCAGUGACCAGUACUAGCCUUCCGCCAGCAGUGUCAGCACCGAGUGUAGUGGCACCAGCACCGGUAGCAGCACCAGCACCAUUCGCAGCACCAGCAGCGUUCACAGCACCUGCACCGUACGCAAACUUUCCACCAGGUGGAAUGGUAGAGCCAUGGCGGCAGAUGCCACGAGUCGGCAUUCCAGUUUUCACCGGAAACCGCAAAGAGUACGAGCAGUGGCGAGCUGCCUUCAACGCAUGCGUAGAUGUCUCGCCAGCCAACGAUGCGUACAAGCUGCUGCAGUUGCGUACUUACCUGAAGGGCGAGCCGCUGGAGACGAUCAGUGCCCUCGGGUACUCGCCAGCAGCUUAUGCAACGGCAAAGGCGAAGCUUGAGCGCAAGUACGGCGGCAGUCGAAGACAAAUUGCUCUGCAGCUGGAGGACAUUGAGAGAAUGCCAACCGUCCGCAGUGGUCGCCAGCGCGAACUGGUGCGGUAUUCUGAGCUGCUGGAGAUCGCAAUAGUAAACUUGACAGAUGCAGGGCGUUCCCAUGAGCUGGGUCCGGGAACUCUGUAUAACCAGCUGCUGCGAAAGCUGGAUGAGAAGCUGAUCGCGCAGUAUCAGCGUUGGCUAUUCGUGCAACAGCAGCCAGAAACAGUCACCAUAUUAGCGGUGUGGCUGGAACAAGAGGCAGAGUUCCUGACUGUGGCAGCAGAAACGGCAGACGGGAUCAGCAUAUCCCAGCCAGCAGCGUCAGCACACGCGCCUGCCAACCGGCAAGUCAGGCCAGGGUCUCACCCAUACAACAGAUCUUUUGUGGCUCGUAGCGGAAAGUCGUGUGAAGUAUGCGGUGAUGUCCAUGGCGUGUGGCAGUGCGACCAGUUCAAAGGAAUGACUGUUGCAGAGCGCUGGGUCAAGGCCAAAGCAGCGCGUCUGUGUUAUCGGUGUCUGGCGAGUGGUCACCGUGGCAACGACUGUGAACGGACGAGAGUUUGCGGCGUUGAUGGUUGCGACUCCACGCACCAUAGGCUCCUGCACGGGCAGCAGCAGAUCAAGAACAGAGAUCCGCCCAAGGACAGACCAAGCACAAAGAAGCAAGGUGUGUACCUCGCCACUGAGGGGGAGGCGCAGGAGUCUCAAGCAGCAGCAACGACCAUGAAAGCCAGUGGCGCUGGGAAUUUGGCUUUGCGAACCGUACCAGUCAUGAUCGGCAAUGGCAACAGACGUGUGCGUAUCAAUGCUCUACUGGACGACGGCAGCACGCAGACGUAUGUCAGCGCCCGAGUAGCAGCAGAACUUCAGCUAAGUGGACCAAGCUCCAAGAUAUCAGUCGGAGUACUAAACGGACAGCGCUCAACGUACGACACCCAGGACGUCGGCGUGCAGCUCAGCAGCGUAGAUGGCAGCUGGGAGCGCAAGAUCCAGGCGAACACGCUACAGCAAAUCACUGACGACAUGCAUGCAGUGAAUUGGUCAACAGAGCAGCGGCAUUGGCCACAUCUCAAGGAAGUGACAUUUGCCAGCUUGCCGAAGCGUAGAGAGGUAGAUAUGCUCAUCGGCAUUGACCAACCAGACAUCCAUUGUGCGCUGGAGGAGAUACGUGGAGCUCCUGGAGAACCUGUGGCGCGUCUGACAGUGUUAGGGUGGACAUGUGUCGGGCCCACGACGUCUUCAAUGGCUAGAUCGUCAUUGUUCCAGUACAGCUAUGCGGCAGGGGUACGAGACCAGUCAGAUGUAACCGCAGAGCUCAACCGCACGAUGCAGCGUUUCUGGGAGGUGGAAGUGAGUGGUACCCACCAAGAUCCAGUAAUCGCACUAUCUGUCAGUGACGCAGCAGCUCUGCAGACAGCAACAUCGUCACUAACGCAAUCGGCAGGACGGUACCAGGUAGCUAUCCCCUGGACGGAGAAAGUGUCAGAGCUCAGCAACAAUUUCGGCAUGGCAGCGCAGCGGCUGCGUAACACGGAGAGCCGACUGGCGAAGAAUGAGACAGUAGCGGCAGCGUACAACGGCACAAUCAAGGCGUACGCUGAGAAAGGCUACAUUAAGGAAAUACCGUAUGAUCCAGCCGACACAUCCAGCUGGUAUUUGCCUCACUUUCCGGUAGUUCGGAUGAACAAAGACACCACCAAGGUCCGGAUCGUUUUUGACGCCGCAGCAAAGCACCGCGGCAUCUCGCUGAACGAUGCAAUUCAUCCUGGGCCAAAGCUGCAGCAAGAUUUGUUCUGCAUCCUGCUGCGGUUCCGCAGUCGAUCGGUGGCACUUGUGUGCGACAUUCAGGAAAUGUACCUGCAGAUUGAAGUGGCUGAGAAUGAUCGUCAGCGUCUACAGUUUCUUCAUCGCGACGAGCAGCAGCGCAUCAAGUGCUAUCAGUUCCAGAGAUUGGUGUUCGGGCUGAAUGUGUCACCGUUCUUGGCACAGUUCGUUGUGCGGGAGCACGCCCAGAACAAUGCCAACCAGCUUCCACUAGCGGCCGAGUCAGUACUGAAGUCGACGUACAUGGACGACACCCUCGACUCUGUGGAUGAUGAAGUCACCGCCAUGCAGCUAUACGAGCAGCUGACUCAGCUGUGGGGCUCAGCGUCAAUGAAAGCACGGAAGUGGCUGUCGAAUUCCGAGGAGGUAUUGAAGAACGUGCCGAUCGACGAUAGAGCCUCAGUAAUCGACCUGAGCAGCAGCGAACUACCGGCAACGAAGACACUCGGAGUGGCAUGGUCCGCUCAGGACGAUGUGUUCUCCUUCAACUUCAGUCCGGAGCAUGAACAGUCCGUCACGAAGAGAGCAUUCCUGAAGAAACUGGCGACAGUGUUCGACCCCCUCGGCCUCAUCGCACCGUUUGUUGUUCAGGGGAAGAUCCUGAUGCAGGAUAUCUGGGCAGCAGGUCUGGACUGGGACGACACGCUGACGCCCACACUACUAGCAGCGGCCACAGAGUGGUUUCAGCAACUGCCUCAUCUCACCAAGGUAGCAGUUCCUCGUUGCAUUCGAUCACCCGGCAGUGACGAUGUGGAGCUGCACGUAUUCGCUGACGCAUCCAGUGUGGCGUAUGGCGCGGUUGUCUAUGCCAGAAGCAAGAGCAGCGACACUGUCCAAGUACGAUUGGUAGCCGCCAAGACGAGAGUGACACCGCUCAAGGCCACCAGCAUUCCGCGUCUGGAAUUGAUGGCAGCAGUGAUUGCAGUGGAAUUGGCAACCUCAGUGACAUCGGCGUUGCAGUUGAGUAUGGACAAGGUGGUCUUCUGGUCAGACAGCAUGGACGUGAUCCACUGGAUUCGAAGUGCCAGUCGAAAGUUCAAGCCAUUCGUUGCCCAUCGUAUUGGACUGAUUCAGACGGCUACGCUACCUCAACAGUGGCGGCAUGUACCGACAGCGAGCAAUCCAGCGGAUCUCGCGUCACGUGGUGCUACGGUCUCAGCAUUAAUCAAGAGUUCAUUGUGGUGGGAAGGUCCGUCAUUUCUCCACAGUGACUCAGCCGACUGGCCGACAUUGCCAGCAGGUCCACCGACAGCCCCGAGCGCUGAAGAGUUUAAGCAGAGCAGCGCAGCGGAAGCAGUGAGCUUCGUAACUGUUGCACAGCCGCCAGGAUUUCGCCUGAAGCCCGAGCGAUAUUCCGAUUGGUCGCGUCUCAUGCGAGUGACAGCGUGGGUAAUGCGCUUCAUCGGCAACUCCGCUGGCCGGAAUCGCAUCACAAGUGAACUGACAGCAGCGGAGAUCAGUGACGCCGAGCAGUUGUGGAUCGCGCAAGCUCAGAGCGAGGCGUUUAGCGACGAGCUGAAGAGUGUGCGCAACAAGCAAGCAGUGCCAGCCAGAUCAGCGCUACUGAAGCUCAACCCCAAGGUCGACGCAGAUGGGUUGCUGCGAUGCGACGGCCGGACGCAGUACGCCGAGUGGCUGCCACACAACGUGAGAUUUCCAGUGAUCUUACCACGCAAUCAUCACGUCACACAGCUUAUUGUGAAGCACCAUCACGAGCUGCAGCAGCAUGGCGGCACGAACCAGACGCUGUCGUCGCUAAGCACAACGUUCUGGGUAGUGUCUGCCCGUGAAGCAAUUCGAGAGUGGGAGCGUGAGUGUUCGGUGUGUCGAAGAGAGAAAGCCAAAGCAGCGGAGCAGCAGAUGGCGCCUCUGCCCAAGGUGCGGCUAUCACCACCAUUGCGGGCAUUCGCUCGUACAGCUGUGGAUUUUGCUGGGCCAUUCGUGACAGUCCAAGGCAGAGGCAAGCGGCGAGAGAAGCGUUAUUUGUGUCUCUUUACAUGUCUACUCAGUCGAGCAGUGCACAUUGAGAUGGCGUACGGUCUUGACACAGAUGCCUUCCUCCGCGCACUGUCUCGAUUCGUCGACAGGCGUGGUCUGCCCAUGCAGAUGUUGUCGGACAACGGCACUAACUUCGUCGGCGCCAACCGAGAGCUCAAGGAACUGGUUAACGCCCUGGACCAGAAGGCUGUACAGCGCUCAGCAGCCAACCGCGGUCUCACCUGGUCGUUCAAUCCUCCGCUCGCUCCACACUUCGGUGGCGCUCACGAGGCGAUGGUGAAAUCCGCAAAGCGAGCAAUCCAGCACAUUCUGGGCAAUGCAGAUGUCAACGACGAGGAGUUGAUGACAGCCUUUUGUGGUGCAGAGGGCCUACUGAAUUCUCGUCCGCUGAGUUAUCAGUCUGCAGACCCGAAGGAUCAGACUGUGCUGACGCCAAAUCACUUCCUGACGGGACAAGCGGGAGGUCGGUUCGCUCCAGAGUCGGUGGAUGACACGCCGUUUCAUCCUCGCAACCGUUGGCGAGUUGUACAAGAGUUAAUCCAGCAUUUCUGGAAGCGCUGGAUGCAAGAGUGGGUGCCCGCCCUGAACCGUCGGACCAAGUGGCCGCAUGCACAGAAGAGCCUGCAGCCCGAUGACGCCGUUCUCGUACUGCAGUCGGACACUCCGCGCGGACAGUGGCCUCUGGGACGUGUGGUCAAGGUGUUCCCAGGAGCAGACGGCAAGGUACGUGUCGCCGAAGUAUUGGUGGGCAGCAAGCGCUACACUCGUCCAAUCACCAAGCUGUGCCCACUGGAGUUCUAA